AUGAUGUAUGCAAAGCCGACUUUUUACUUCCGCUUACUAGUGCUGUCGUUAAUAAUAAAUGAGAUAAUUGCUCGCGUGGAGUUUACCAACAUCAAGUGUAUGACACUGGAUAAGGACUUUGCCGAGUUUGAAUACUGCACCUUAAAGGCCAUAAAUCGAACAUACAAAUAUGCUUCCGGAAAGUUUAAACUGUUUAAACUUCCAAUUACUAAGGCCAAGGUUAAUUUUGGACUCUUCAAACGGUAUAAUGGGUACAAACCCUUCCUAUAUAAUCAAACUAUAGAUGUUUGCUAUUUCUUUAACCAUCAGAAGUCCAAUCCUGUCGCAAAGUACUUAUUCGACAUAAUUAGGGGGACUACGAACGUAAAUCAUUCCUGUCCAUAUAAUCACGAUAUUAUUGUGGAUAAAAUUUCCACCGAGGUAGUAAACCAUCACACUACAAGAGUGCUUUCCGUCCCGGAUGGUGAUUACAUGUUAGAGACACGAUGGAUACUCAAUGACAAGCCAUCCGCAGUAAUCCAAAUCUAUCUGACUCUUGUCUAA